AUGAGUUCAACUGAAAAUUAUACAAGUCGCGCUGCUGCUUCUCGUCUCGCUCCGAAGAAAUGGAAAACGAAACGGGAUUAUUUGACGACUAAGAAUAUCAUUCAAAAUACCACAAGGAGAAAAUUCGGUUGGAUCGGGCAUACCCUUCGCAAGGAUCCCGAGGAAGUAUGCAACAGGGCCCUUGUUUAUAAUCCGCAAGGAAGUCGCAGACGAGGUCGCCUGAAGAACACCUGGCGACGCUCCACACUCUCAGAAGCCAACAUCAUCAGAGAGGGUGAGGGGCAGAUGACUAACCUCUGGGAUCUGAAAGAUCUUGCGAAUGAACGAACCAGAAUAUCAAUUCGUGGACCGCCUUUGCUCAACAUGAGGACUGUUGCCCAAGAAAGUUUCAAAUGUCCCGAUGACUUUGGAUUCUACCCACAUCACUCAUCGUGCGACAAAUACUGGAAAUGUGAUAAUGGAGCUGCUGAAUUGAAGACUUGCGGCAAUGGAUUGGCCUUUGAUGCCUCAGAUUCCAAAUAUUUGACAGAAAACUGCGAUUACUUGCAUAACGUUGACUGUGGAGAUCGUACUCAAAUUGAACCCCCAGUUGGUACCACGCACUGCCCCCGCUUGUACGGUAUCUUCGCUGACGAAGCCAAAUGCGACGUCUUCUGGAACUGCUGGAACGGAGAAGCCUCCAGAUACCAAUGCUCACCCGGAUUGGCCUACGAUCGUGAAGCUCGUGUCUGCAUGUGGGCUGACCAAGUCCCAGAAUGCCGAAAUGAAGAAGUUGCCGGAGGAUUUGCUUGCCCCGCUGCCGGUGAAAUCACAAAUGCCGGAUCAUUCUCGCGACAUGCCCACCCCGAAGAUUGCCGCAAAUACUACAUCUGCUUGGAAGGUGUUGCCCGUGAAUAUGGAUGCCCCAUCGGAACUGUCUUCAAAAUCGGAGACUCUGAUGGCUCUGGCAACUGCGAAGAUCCCGAAGAUGUUCCCGGAUGUGAGGACUACUAUGGUGAUUUGGACUUGAAGAGCAUCCGCAAAAGUGAAUUAUUAGCUGGAACGCAAGGUGGCGAACCAAAAGUCAAAAAAGCCAAGAACUAAUUAGGAACUAGUUUUUAUCUUUAUGAUUAAUAACUUUAUGAAAA